AUGGCAGAAGCCGAUGUCGACGCCGAAGAUGGCAGCGGAUCGGAAAGCUACUAUGUCGAACCUCUUGCGACGGGUCGAGCGCGACGGUCAACGGCCGGCCGCCUUAUGAACACGCUUCUCGAUGCAGAAGCUGAUGAUGAACUCGCGCGUAUAUUUGCAGAAGAGGAAGAUGACGAAGAAUUUGAAUCUGGGGACGAUGAGGAAGAAGGCGGAGAGGCGGCGGCGGACGACAUGGAACUUGACUCAUCGUCUUCAGAUGAAGCGGAUGACGGCCCAACGGCUGCAGGGAAUGACGAGCUCGAAGGAGAAAAGGAGUUACAAAGGCAGGAAAAGGCAGAGCGUGCGAAGAAACGAACAGCACAGCAGGAAGGAUUCCGGAUACCGGCUCUACGCAAGAAAAAGGUCAAGAUAGAUCCGACCUUGCCUACACGAACAUCAACGCUUCCCGCUCCACGGCAACGGAAGAAGUCAGAACGGAUUUCCUGGCUUCCCACGGCCGAUGAUGGGCCUACGCGCGUGUCUUCCCGUCGCCAGACUAUGCAGAACAGAGUACAAACCCACGCACGGCUUAAACGGAGCGAGCAGAAGCGAGUCCAACUCAUUGCCACGAUGGAAGAGACGGCCAAACGCAAGGAGAAGGCUAAACCGAAACAAAUGACGCAGGCUGACCGUCUCGCUGAGGCUGAGAAGACAGAGAGACUGAACUAUGGCAGUCUGACCCGGUGGGAGGAGAUGGAGGAGAAGAGAGGCGAAGAACGACGGUUGAAGAUGGAGGCGCUGCAUAAUCGACGGCUGGAGGGUCCUGUUAUCACAUUCUGGAGCGGAAUUGCGAAAUGGAUCAACGAGAAGCUGGCGAUGGUGGGCGUUAAAACUUUUCGACAGGCCGCAGAUGCUGAUAGCGGCCGUAAGAAGAAAGGACGCGACGCUGGCCAUCAAGGACCUCCUGCGACACAGGAUACGAACAAGGAGACUGAAGAAUCCCAGAGAGCCACAGAUACAGCGCCAGUGCAGUCAGAUGCUCCUCCUACCGAUGGCAAACAAGCACCACAAGAGCGCAACUCGUUUUUAGAUGGAAUACAUAUCUACGCUUCUAUGCAGGAAGCUUCAACAUGUCAAGACAUUGAAAUGCCUGACGCCACUGCUACACCUAAGCCUGCUACACCUGCUCCGGAAGCGACUACGAUACCGAACGAAAAGACACCGUCAAACGGGAAUACACAAUCUCCCCUGUGCGCUGAAAAGAACGAGAACGAGGAAGAGCAAGCUGCCGUUAUACCUGUGGAAGAAGCUGCACCUCCAGGGCAAGGAGUUACCCCGGGAGAGAAGCUGGACCAGUCUAAACCAGCUCUUGAACGAGCUUCUCGUACGUGCAUUGUUUUAGACAACUUCGAUGCCUCUACCGCUCCUGAACGAAGUGACGUCGGCGUCCUCUACAACCCGAAGAAGCCUGUAAAGCUACCGAAAACCCAAGUCGAAUUCUGCCCUAUCACUUCUCGUCCCGCCCGCUAUCGUGACCCAGCGACCGGCAUCCCUUACUCGAACUCUCUGGCCUACCGCGAAAUUCGUCAAGUGCUAGCAUAUAGGUAUGCAUGGAGCGGGACGUUUGGGUGCUUCGUUGGGCCCAUAGGUGUUGGGGCCAGGGGAGUACCAGAGAGGUUCCUCGCGCCUAAUGCCGCUCCACCACAACAGCUGUUCGGGCCUGGAGAGGGUGACAGCAAACACGCUGCGACCCCCGGAAACAAUCCCACUGCUUAA